CAUGCUUGUACACUCAGCCCACCCAUUACACCAGGAAGCUCUUGUUCAUGCAAAUAACAAAAACUGGUGUUGUCUAAUCUAGCGAAGAGAAAAGAUGCUUGUCUGGGCUCUCGUUGUUUGCUUAAAGUGUGUCACCGCAUUCGAUUUUAAUACUCGAACAAAGGAUUUGCUUCUGUUUGAACAGCCUGGUGGCUCAGUUACUAUGACCUGUAAAGGACUCCAGUUCUCUGCCCAGUGGUAUAAAGAAGACAGAGAAGGACAAUUUAUUGAGAUCCCAUUUAGUUUUUGUCAGUCCUUUGGGACCCCCAAAAACCAUAAAUAUUCCGCUGAUUGCAAAUCAAACUCAUUCAAUACAUUGACCAUCAAUAACAUGUCAUUAUCAGAUGCUGGAAUUUACUAUUGCACUACAGCAGCAAUGGACCCCAAGUUCGAUAUUGCAAAGAUCUUGAUAGUUACAGAUCCUUUUGUGGAACCAACCAUCUCUUUAUUGGGGCCAGUGGAAGAGGAGGUCACAGAUACUGGAUCAGUCAUACUUUUAUGUGUUAUACGUGGUUGGUCUGACAAAUGGAAUCCAGUUCGAUGGCACCUUCAUGGGAAACAAUUAGAGGGUCUGGACUCAUUAGACCUUGAUGGUAGUUAUUGGAGCCUGAUUGUUGUGAAGAAGAGAGAUGCUCUGUAUUAUAAUAUUUCUUGUUCGAUUGAAGAGAUUUCCAGUGAAAGGGUCUAUAAUGCCACAUUUCCUGCAAUGAAAGGUAGAAUCUCCUGUUACGUUGUGGUGUAUAUUGGAAUAGCUUUUGUUUUCCUCCUGCUGCUUAUACACAGAAUCAUCCUCAUUGGAAGGAAAAACAACUUCUUAAAAGGGAGUGUUGUAGAAAGAAAUGCUGAGACGGUUAUUUAUACAGAAGUGAAACAAAGUCAGAAUCAACAUGAUGAAACAUAACCAGUGCUCCAAAUGAGAAAUGAUCCGCUGUCUGCUUAUAUUUGCCUGGAUAUAUUAUAAAUCAUGUUGUAUUUAAUUCUCUAUAUACAGUAUACUCUGCUCUAUUGAUGGGAUAUUUAACAUUUUAAUAAAGCUUUACAUUGCAUUGCAA